AUGAGUGUGUCUGUAGACAAAGCUUUAGAAAGGAUGCGUCCUUACCUGUGUGAUAAAAUCAUAGCUGAGAGACACUUUGAUUACCUACGGUCAAAGAAAAUACUCACUAGAGAGGACACAGAAGAAAUUUCUUCUCGAUCUUCCAGUAGGAAAAAAACUGGGAAGUUAUUGGACUACUUAGCAGAAAACCCAAAGGGACUAGAUGCUUUGAUUGAAUCUAUCAGAAGAGAAAGAACACAAAACUUUCUGUUACAAAAGAUAACUGAUGUAGUGUUGAAAGUCAAAAAUGAAAAACUUGAAGCUCUCAAAGGUCUAAGCUGCAGCACCUGUAUGACCUCAUUGUAUGGAGGAACGAAUAAUCUUUCUAGAUCAUAUUCUGAUGAAUCUAAUUUUUUUGAUAAAACAAAAGACAAAGAAUCUACCCAGAUACAUCAUCCAGAAGAAGAUUAUAGCACUGCCGCAUUUGUGUCUGCUGUCUCUCUUCAUUCAAUGAAUUUACCAGUUGCAGAGAUGGGAAAUGCAGAGAGUGCUGUUUUCUCAGCCACCCUUCCAGGGCCUGGAGACCCCGGUGCACCCCCUCUCCCCCCAGAGCUCCAGUCAGAGCAGCAAGAACCAUGUACUAGUUCAAGUGACAAUUGCUUUUUGCCUUUAAGAUCACGUUCACUUCAACCACAGUGAACAUACUGACUUUUUUCUGUUCAUCCUUUGAUGAAUUUUGUGUGAUGUCUUAUAAAGGUUAAAAAAAUGUUUUCAAACUGCUAACUAGCAAAAUCAGAGGAAACAAUCUAUGCUAUCUGCUGUUUUUUAAGGAGUAAUUUUUUUUGUAAUUGGAUGACUCGAGCUGCUUGAUUUUAUGUUCUUUAGGGAGCUUUUUUC